AUGAAGGCCUUCAAGGCAUCCAGGAGACAGCUCAUGCCCUGCACCGCGUGCGCCUCCGCCAUCGUGCAUUUGAUGCGGUACAAGAAUCUGCUGUGUGAGUGCAAGCAGUGCAAGGCGGUGGCCCCGUUCGCGAAGUGCCCGUGGCGUGCCAAGGUGCUGAUCUACCAAGAAUCGAAGACGGUGACCAUGAGUGAGCGUGAAGAUCUACCUGAGCUUCGCAAGGUGCAAAACUGUGUGAGCCACUACCGGCGCACUAAGCUCGGCGGCAAUGAUUCCGUUUGCGACGUUGCUGCCCACGUGGCUGCACAUUCUUUUACCGGCAGCGAAGCCGAGCAUGAUGCCGUUACCUUUACGCGCGAUACGGAUGCCCGCGGCAAGUGCAUUACGGGGGACGGCUCGGACAAGCACCCUUUUGUUGCUGGCGUUACGACGAAGGCACUCCUGCGAUCGGCCAACUGCGACCCGGCCUCCGUCAUUCUGCAUGUGGAUGCGACGUUUCAGCUGGACCGGCUCAGCUACCCAGUCAUCGGCGUCGGCCUCUCAGAUGGAUCGCGAGCGUUUCACCUUUUGGCUCUCUUCGUUACGUCGCAACCGGAAGAGAGGCACUUUACCGAUGCAUUUACCGCGUUGCGGACUGUGUACGCGCAAGUGGCUGUACGGGUUGCCGUGAAGGAGCGCAUGAGUGGGGUUCACGGCGACGUGGGGGCCGAGGUCUCCAGUGAUACCUAUGAUCUGCACUUCUCGCUUACUAAAGUGGAGUACUUGACACGCAAGGAGAAAGUGCUGUUUGAGUGGAACAAGCGCCCCGAGCUGGAUGCGUUCCGCGAAUACAUGAAGAAGCUGUGGAUAAAGGGGAACUUUAGCAACUGCCCCUGCGAGACCUUCAAUCGCGCGUUCAAGCGUGACUACACGCAGAAGCGGAAGCUCAAGCGUGUGCUGCUGCUGCAGCAGAUGCGCGACUGCUGUCGCCAUCGGUCCAUGGCGGCCAUGCCGUUCCUGCAGCGGCGGAAGUCAGACAAGCCCCUCCAAGCUCGAGCAACGUCGCUGCUCACGGGCGGGUACCUCCGUGAGCACGUUCAUGAGCGCAGCAGCAUCGACUUCUUGAUCGACGAUACUAACGAUGACAUCUUCAACAGCACGUUGCCUGCCACAGGCGACGGGUAG